GAUCCCCCCCCAACCCGGAAACAACCACCGUUGCCAUUGGUUCCGGAUAAAGGCUUCCCCCCUUCCUUCAAAUUAAGGAGAGCAGAGGGAGGAGGAGGAGGAGGAAGAGUCGUGGUUUCCUUGCAUAGCAUAGAGACUCUUUACCCUGAAAGAGAGGAGGCCAAAGAUGGAGGAACCAUGUUGGUCUGAAACAGGAAGGGGCCUUGAUACCUGCAAUGUGUUCUCUUUUCAGGAGAGAAAUCUCUUGGAAGCAGAUCCCUCUGAAUUCCCUUCGGCAGCAAAGGCUUCCGUGGACACCAGGCAGAUCCUCCAAUGGAGGGUCAUCAAGCAGGAGGAUGAUGGAUGGGAUCUCAUGCAAGAGCCUGGAAUGAGGCUCCAGUUGUCUCCUCCUUUUCUUUGUGACGAAGCAGAUCCAGAUCAGAGUCUGUUGACCUUUGAUGAGGUUGCUGUGUCUUUUUCUCCGGAAGAGUGGUCCCUGUUAGAACCUGACCAGAAAGCCCUGUACAAGCAAAUCACGGCAGAGAUCCAUGAGAUCAUCACCUUUCUAGCAGAAAACUGGCAGAACACGUAUGUCUGUGCUCAGUACGGAAAAAGUUUGAGGUAUAACCUGGACCUUAGCAGCCAUCAGCAAGUCCAAGGUACAGAAGAGGAACAUUAUCUCAGAGAAGAUUCCUCUCUGAUAUGUUAUCUGCAAGAUCCAGCCCUUGUGCCUCAGGAGACGGUCCAUACUGAAAAGAAACAUUUUACAUAUGGAGUUCCUCUUGAUUAUAAAUUCUACAAUGUGAACCACCCAGAAACCUGCUCAGCAAAGAAACCACACCAAUGCCAGGUGUGUGGCAAAAGUUUUGCUUACAAUUCUCUACUUCUGACACAUCUGAAAGUGCACACAGGAGAAAAACCCUUCAGAUGCCUGGAGUGUGGAAAAUGUUUUCCUCAGAGUUCUUCUCUUCUAAACCAUCAGAGAGUCCACACAGGAGAGAAACCCCACAAAUGCCAGGAAUGUGGCCGAUGUUUUGGUUGCAAGUCACAUCUUAAGAGGCAUCUGAGAAUCCACACAGGCGAGAAACCCUACAAAUGUCAACAGUGUGGGAAAUGUUUUCCUCAGAGUUCUUCUCUUCUAGGCCAUCAAAGAGUCCACACGGGAGAGAAACCCCACAAAUGCCAGGAAUGUGGCAAGUUUUUUGGUUGUAGGUCGCAUCUUAGGAGACAUCAGGGAAUCCACACAGGUGAGAAACCCUACAAAUGUCAGGAGUGUGGAAAAUGUUUUCUUUUAAAAGCGGACCUCAUGAAGCACCAUCGAGUCCACACAGGAGAGAAACGACAUAAAUGCCAGGAGUGUGGGAAACGUUUUUCUGGGAAUUCCGCCCUUUUAAUCCACCAAAGAGUGCACACAGGAGAGAAACCCUACAAAUGCCAGGAGUGCGGGAAAUGCUUUGCUCGGAAGGCAUGGCUUGUGAUUCAUCAGAGGAUGCACACCGGGGAGAAGCCGUACAAGUGCCAGAAGUGUGGGAAAUGUUUUCCUCAGCGUUCUUCUCUUCUCGGACAUCAGAAAGUCCACACAGGAGAGAAACCAUACAAUUGCCAGGAGUGUGGGAAAGGUUUUGGUUACAAGUUGCAUCUUGUGAGGCAUCAGGGAACCCACACAGGCGAAAAGUCCUGUGAAUGUCAGGAGUGUGACAACUGCUUUCUUGUAAAAGCAGACCCUGAAAAGCACCAUCAAAGAACCCACACAGGAGAGAAACAACACAAAUGCCAGGAGUGUGGGAAAUGUUUCACUGAGCCUUCAGGUCUUUUGAUCCACCAAAGAGUUCACACAGGAGAAAAAACACACACUUGCCUGGAAUGUGGCAAAUGUUUUGCUCGGGAUUCAAACCUUGUAAGCCACCAGAGAAUCCACACAGGAGAAAAACCAUACACAUGCCUGGAAUGUGGCAAAUGUUUUGCUCGGGGUUCACACCUUAUAAGCCACCAGAGAAUCCACACAGGAGAGAAACCAUACACAUGCCAGGAGUGUGGGAAAUGUUUUUCUUGGAGUUCGGUCCUUGUGAGGCAUCAGAAAAUCCACACAGGGGAGAAACUAUACACAUGUCAACAGUGUGGCAAAUGCUUUUAUCAGAAUUCACAACUUGUGCGGCAUCAGAGCAACCACACGGGAAACAGACCAUACAAAUGUGAGAUGUGUGAGAAACGUUUUGGUCAAAAGGACGAUCUUGUGAAGCACCAGAGGAUACACACCGGAGAGAAACCAUAUAAAUGCCAGGAUUGCGGGAAAUGUUUUGCUUGGAAUACACACCUUUUACGCCACCAGAGGAUUCACACGGGAGAGAAAGCAUAUUAGUGCUAUGAAUGUGGGAAAGAUUUUGUUCAAAAAAGAAGCCUUAUGAGCCACCAGAAAACCCAUAUAGAGGAACUAUAAACAUUUGGGAGUGUGGCAAAUGUUUUGAAUCCAUUUUGCAUCUUUGUGAACCACACAGGGAAACUACAAAUGUCAGGAGUGCGGAAAAGCAUACCAUAUGAAGCAUCAGAGAAUUCAUAUCUGUUGGGUUGUUGUAGGUUUUUUGGGCUGUAUGGCCAUGUUCUGGAAGCAUUCUCUCCCAACGUUUUGCCUGCAUCUAUAGCAGGCAUCCUCAGAGGUUGUGAGGUCUCUUGGAAACUAGGAAAUCUCUGAGGAUGCCUGCCAUAGAUGCAGGCAAAACGUCAGGAGAGAAUGCUUCUGGAACAUGGCCAUAUUUAUACAAAAUUGCUUACAUAACUUGUUAACAAUAAUUAAUUAUUAUUGCACAGAAAAACAUCUUAAUCAUUUUGAUAAUUAGUUGAAAACUCGGAGUCAGCUUGUUUCGCGUGUUCAGGUCAUACUCCACUAUCCUCUGUGACCCUGUGUUGGUCAGCAGUUUCUCCUUUCAUUGCUGAUGUGUGCUGAAGUAAUUAGUUCCUCAUAUUUUUAAGAUACAUAAGUCAUACUUUCUAUGUACGAGGGUUGAAUGAAAAGUAAUGCCUCCACCUUCGCAACUCCUCAACAGGUGGCAGUACUGGUAUGCAGCAGCUACUGGCUUGUUCAGUAGA